CUCUCUCUCUCUCUCUCUCUCUGAUUCAGACUCUUUAGUCAUAAAAUAAAAGUAAGUUUAAGAUGUGCUCUGUUCCGUUUAUGUUUAUAGCACAGACAUCACCCAGUCUUUAAAACCGGCAAUCUGGACUGAUCCCGCAGAUACACAAAAUGAUGAUGAUAAAUAUCCUAAAAGUAACAACCGUUUUGGAUCAGUCUUUUUUAUCACUGUAAUUCGUGGGAAUGAAGCUGAUUUGUUAUCUCCUUGGGGGCUGUGGUAGCUUGAUGUUUACAUCACUGCUUUCGUCCUGUGUGUUAAGCUUAAGGAUGAUUCAAGUAAUUUAUUUGAAUUCAAUUAGGUUAAUGCUGAUCCAGGCGUUUAAAUUACUACGUAAAUUACCUUUAUUGCCUUCAUCUAAAGAAAAUCGCGGCGGAUGUGCACUGACAAGGUGUUUAGAAACAAACAUGCGUUAGUCCAAAAGUGAUCUUAUUUCCUCUCAACAAGACAGAUUGACAACUGAACUUGAGGGAAAUUCAUUGAACAGGGUUUGGGGUGUUUUGAUACAGAAAUGUGCACGUUUCACCCUGCUACUGAUGAACGCUGUCGGCUAGUUAAGAAAACGGGGAAUGUGAUAUUGUUCGAGCGUCCCGGCCCCGUUCAAUCGUCAAGUAUGCAGCACACCAUACCUCCAUCAUGAUACAGCGCAGGCAAACAACAUAGCUGGACCGAAGAGAAAACAUCUGCGAGCGGUUUCCGACUACUCGUUCCUCAGGCCGUGUUUUUCUACUUUCCCAGAGCUGGAGUUUCGCUACUUGGAAUUUGGAGAUCUCACCUGUGUACUACUUAGGAAUGCCACGGGGAAUCAGCUGGUUGCCAUGACAACUCCACGGGAGGAAAGAUAAAACUUGGCUUAUUGUACUGGUUUAAAUCUGAAGUAAGUGUAACCAGUUGUCGAACAGCCAGUUUGUUGUCUGUUGUUAUUGUUGUUACUAGAAGUCACGUACUGUAUUUUAGCUGGAAUUCGCGUCUUCUGUCACUGUUUCCUGAUAUCCGUGUACAGAGAAAUGAGAGACACACGAAACCGGCACUGGUAUUUGGAAUAGUGGAGUGUUCCAGGUAAAAUCAUUGAUUGAAUCAAUAACGGAUUGCAGUUUCGCCCAGGAUUGUAAACGUGACAUAAUACAAGUAAAACGUCUCCAAGCAGAAAGGAAUUGUAUAUACCAGGCAUCUAACGACACAAACGGACUCUUCUUCGGCGGACACAUAGCCGUGAAUUCCGACAAGACUGUCCGAACACUGGGUCCAAUAUGAUGUUUGCGAGGAUAAAUGCACUGCUGACAAACAAAACAAGUGCUAACACAAGUUUCCUCUCAUAAAGGUCAGGAGAAAGACUUUAGUUCUGCGAGUUCUUUUUCAAGAUCGUAAAAGAGUUUUGUGGAUCUCCUUCGCUCUCAUUCUGUGGGAUAAGUAGGCAACCAGCGUUCGGUGAAAGCCAUGGGUACUUUAAGGGAUCUUCAACUGGCGUUGUCUGAGAAAAUUGAGGAGUUAAGACAACGCGAUGAACUGAUAGACGAGUUAGAGCAGGAACUGGAUGAAAAAGACGCGCUGAUAAAGCAUCUUCAAAAUGAAUUAGCCAAGUACAGGGCCGUCCUAAAACCUAUCACGGAAAAACACCAGGCACAGAUGAGGGCUAACAUGAAAGACAGGCUGAAAAGAACAGCUAUAUCUGCUGAACCUGCUGGGUUCGUAACCAGUGAAAGAGAUCUCUCCACUCGACAAGUCCCUAAAUGGCAAGGUGGAAGUUACGAAAGAAGGCCAGAAACUGUGUACGAUGGGCCCUGCAAAAAUAUUUGGGGAGUUGGCUAUCUUAUAUAACUGCACACGGACUGCUAGUGUGAAAGCUCUAACAAUGUGCAAGCUGUGGGCUAUAGAUCGACCGUGCUUUCAGAGUAUAAUGAUGAAGACAGGACUGCUGAAACACACAGAACACAUGGACUUCUUGAGGAGCGUUCCUACCUUCCAGGAAUUACCAGAGGAAACACUAAGUAAACUUGCAGAUGUUCUAGAGGAGGCUCAUUACAACAGUGGAGAAUAUAUCAUACGGCAGGGAGCCCAGGGCGACACCUUCUACAUCAUAGCAAAAGGCAUUGUGAAAGUUACGAAAAGAAGUUCAAGUUCCAAUGAAGAAGUAUUUAUUCGUACGCUACAGAAGGGAGACUUCUUUGGUGAAAGAGCUCUACAAGGAGAAGACACACGGACUGCUAAUAUCAUAGCCGCGGAUUCUGAAGGCGUGGAUUGUCUGGUAAUAGACAGAGACUCUUACAAUCAGUUUAUUAGCAGUCUACACGAGUUACAGAGAGAAUACGCCGAUGAAACAGACUCUUCAGAGAAAACAGACAAUGAGUUUGCCAAACUGCGUCUCAACGAUCUUAGCGUUCUCUCCACGCUAGGAGUAGGGGGGUUUGGACGAGUAGAGCUGGUCCAGAUAAGCAAUGACACAAAACGAACAUUUGCACUUAAACAACUAAAGAAACAUCACAUAGUGGAAACGCGUCAACAAGAACAUAUCAUGAAUGAAAAAAGCAUUAUGUCGGAUGCCAGGUCCGAGUUUAUAGUGCGAUUGUAUCGUACAUUUAAAGACCGCAAAUACCUCUACAUGUUGCUGGAAGUUUGCCUUGGCGGCGAAGUGUGGACAUUGUUAAGAGACAAAGGCUCAUUUGAUGACCAAACAACACGGUUUUACACAGCAUGUGUUGUGGAGGCAUUUGGAUACUUACACACUCGCGGUAUUGUUUACCGGGAUCUGAAACCAGAGAACCUGCUGCUGGACACCCUAGGAUACGUCAAACUGGUUGAUUUCGGUUUUGCUAAGAAGAUUGGAUAUGGCCGGAAAACGUGGACGUUUUGUGGCACACCAGAAUAUGUCGCUCCAGAAAUAAUCCUCAACAAAGGUCACGAUAUCUCCGCAGACUAUUGGUCGCUAGGGAUCCUCAUGUUUGAGUUGCUGACUGGAAGUCCACCUUUUACUGGAUCAGAUCCGAUGAAAACUUACAAUCAGAUACUGAAGGGCAUAGAAGCUGUAGACUUUCCAAGAAAAAUAACCAAAAAUGCACAAAAUCUUAUCAAAAAGCUGUGCAGGGAGUCCCCUAGCGACCGACUGGGUUAUCAACGUGGUGGGGUCAAGGACAUACAGAAACACAAGUGGUUUGAAGGUUUCAACUGGGAUGGGCUGAAGAAACGAUCUUUACAAGCGCCCAUAGUACCAUCUGUAAAAUCGGCUACAGACACUUCAAAUUUCGAUGAGUAUCCAAGUGACGAUGAAGAUCCGCCGCCAGAUGAUCUGACUUUAUGGGACAAAGAAUUUUAAGGGUCAUAUCCGCGCCAUGUCUGGGGUAGAAUCAAUGAAGGGUUUUUACAGACCGUAGCCAGUUCCGAAUUCAUUUGCGCCGCUAUGUUGUGUUUGGGUACACGGACCUGUAGACUCUGUUACGAACUCUGUGAGUUUUUGCAAUUAGGCAGAAACCGCCCUUUGUGGAUGGAAGAAACAAAUAUGGGACAUUCAAUUGUCGUAGCAAACUUUGGUUCCUCGGACAUCUUUGUGCAGCGUACACAGUCGAAUUCAUGAUUCACAGCUACGUUAUACCUGAACACGUGCAGGACUGGAUGCCAGUAAUGGCCCCUACAUUAUGUACACGGAGUCGAUACGACCGUGUGUGCGUGUGUGUGUGUUUGUGUGUAGGGGGGGCUAUCAAAGUGAUUGGUUGUAUUAUGCUUUCUGUUACUGUAAAAGAACGCCUAAAGCGACCAAAGAUAGUGAUAUCUGAUAUAAAAGCUCCAUAAGCUACACCGAAUAUUUUAUUUGAUUAGUUGGAACCAUUUUGGCGCACAACUGCGUGUUGCAUUUCCCUGUUUGCCUACCAUAGUUUAUACAAUGAAGAAGUACAAGAAAACAAUGCGAUAAAACAUUCCAAUGGUAACUUUGAGCAGAACCACAUUUCAAUCACUGUGUCAUUCAAGACAAGCUGCAGCCGAUUUCUUUGUUUUGAACUGUCAAGUAAACAAAAUCAAGUCAGGAGGUGCUUUCACUAUCACACUUAUUAUAACAGAAUAGUGGUAUUUCUGCAGCCAAAUACUUUCAUGGUUUCUUAGAAUUACAUGUAUCAGGCUAUAUACGUAAUGCAAACUGUAAUAACAAAGCAAUGUGGUUAAUACAUGUCUGUGCCCUUGCCUCAGAUUCAUCAAGUAAUAAUUUUCUCUUUAUCUAUGCAUUAUUAUAUCUCUCUCUUAACUAACCAAAGGACAAUGUAUAAUGGUAAUUGAAUAACAUGACGUGAGUCCAGUCAUUACUACUGUAUUGUAUAUACUAGCACUAGUGAAUGAUCAUCAGAGCAGUUAGAUAAUAUUGGAAAGAGGAUAGUUUUUGAAAGUUAAUGAGUUUCAGAAUGUAGUGAAAUAUAUAUCAGAUGUGGUCUUGUGGCUGAACAAUAAGACCAGAUGGCGAAGAUUGUUGAAAGUCACAGAUGCCUUCCACAUCCAGUGUAUAGGCAUCAUAUGUUAUGUUAUUAUUAGUAACAGGCGUUCUCCAUAACGGGAAGAAGUGCCAAUUGUUUCUUUGAAUGAAUAGCAAUGUAUCACAUAAAAUAAUUAAACGAAGUACUUAUUCUAAUGAUUGUUUUGGAGAGUGCCAAUUGAAAAUUGUUUGUAAGGGCAGGCAUGGUUUAACCGAUUUGGCCAUUAUAUGUAAAUUGAGUUGUAAUUAAUCAUUCCAUAUGGUAUCGUUUGGUUAAUUUUCUAUUGCCAUUUACUGUAGCCCUGUAGCUGGACUCGAUUGGCACACACGUAGAGUCAAAUAACAUGCAAACGAAACGAAGUCAUAAUACAAACGUACUUGUUUGUUGAAUUUGUCAUUCAGUUGAUAAUAAAAACUGAGGAAUA